CCGGUGCCCGGCCUCCGGUCCGCCGGGUGUCGCUGCGGCCGGUGCCCGGCCUCCGGUCCGCCGGGUGUCGCUGCGACCGGUGCCCGGCCUCCGGUCCGCCGGGUGUCGCUGCGACCGGUGUCCGGCCUCCGGUCCGCCGGGUGUCGCUGCGGCCAGUGCCCGGCCUCCGGUCCGCCGGGUGUCGCUGCGCCCGGUGCCGAGCCUCCCGUCCAACAUGGCGGAAUAUGCCUGUGUGAAGCGAACGAAGCUGGUGCUGAAGGGCGUGAAAAGCAAGAAGAAGAAAAACAAAGAAAAAAGAAAACGAGAGGAGCAGGAAGAACAAGUGGUUGAUAUUGUUGGAGGAUGGUGGGCAGUUCGGAAUUUUGGAGAAAUCACAGGGAGUGUGGCAAUAGAGAUGGGAAAAGGCACCUAUAUCCAUGCCCUUGAUAAUGGUCUUUUUACUCUUGGAGCACCACAUGGAGAUAAUGAAAUCCCAGAUCCCCCAGAGCAGUUAACUGCUAUCAAGUUAUCUGAAACCAGGAUAGCACUGAAAUCUGGCUAUGGCAAGUAUAUGGGAAUAAAUUCUGAUGGAGUCGUUACUGGACGAUCAGAUGCAAUUGGAUCAAGAGAACAGUGGGAGCCAGUGUUUCAGGAUGGAAAGCUGGCAUUGAUGGCUUCAAACAGCUGUUUCAUUUCAUGUAAUGAAGAAGGUGACAUUAUUGCAAAGCAAAAAACAGCUGGAGAAGAGGAGAUGAUAAAGAUCCGUUCCUGUGCUGAUAUUGUCAUAAAGGAAAAAGAUGAGCUUUUGGAUGAAGACAAGGGUAACGUAAAGCAGUGUGAAAUCAACUACGUAAAGAAAUUUCAGAGUUUUCAAGAUCAAAAACUGAGAGUGAAUGCAGAAGACAGUAAACUACUAAAGAAAGCCAGACAAGAAGGCACUUUCCAUGAGGCUUUGCUAGACAGGAGAUCCAAGAUGAAAGCAGAUCGAUAUUGCAAAUGAAGUCAGGAUGUAUGUUCUUAAUAUUUUGGUAUUUUUACUGGAUAUGUGACUUUUUUUUGUCUCCAAAACAACUUGUGUUCAUAGAACAGGCAGUGUUGUACAGUAAUCAGUGACAGUUUCAUGUAAACUUGAUAUUUUUAAAUGCCUUGAAAUACAAUCAAAGUAACCUUGAGUGACUACUGUUAUAGAUUAAUUUUCCUGUAUGAAUAAAUUGUAAAAAGAAA